AUGGAACCCGGAAGUAAUCUGGAGCCGGGUGCAGACACAGCGGAGUGCAUACCGAAGAACGACGCCAGCCGCUCUGUGCUUUCUUUCCUGGAGCAGAUUCCUCAGAUGGACCGGGGAUGCGCUGGCCCCAAAGGAGAUAACAUAUAUGAAUGGAGGUCAACUAUACUAGGCCCGCCUGGAUCUGUAUAUGAAGGCGGAGUUUUCUUCCUUGAUAUCGCAUUUUCUCCAGAUUACCCGUUCAAGCCACCAAAGGUGACAUUUCGGACAAGGAUCUAUCACUGUAAUAUUAACAGCCAGGGCGUGAUCUGUCUUGACAUCCUGAAAGAUAACUGGAGUCCGGCCCUAACUAUUUCUAAAGUUCUCCUAUCCAUCUGCUCACUGCUUACAGACUGCAAUCCUGCUGAUCCUCUGGUCGGAAGCAUCGCCACUCAGUACAUGACCAACAGAGCGGAGCAUGACAGAAUGGCCAGGCAGUGGACCAAGAGAUACGCUACAUAAGAACUGAACACACUGAGCCUGUGCAAGCACAUUCACUAAGUGCAUCAAUAGCCCUUUUCCUUGACUUUUUUUUAUUUUAAAAAAAACAUUUUGUGAAAAAAAAUACUGUAUGUUCUUUUUGUUUUUAUUAAGACUUUAACUUGAAUUUCCCCAAGGAAUACCUGGGAAUUUUAGUUUGUGUGAAUAUGUGAUAGUCUAGAGCUUUGUUUGAAAGCCUUGUAACAAUGUUUUGGUUUUUUUUUGUUUAUUUUCUUUUGGAAGGAGAGUAUAAUUUAAUUUUGGUUGUCUCCUUUCUAUAUAUUUAGAUUUUUUUUUUUGUUAAGAAUUGAUUUUUUUUUUGUACUUUAAGUCUUUCAUGGUGGGUGCAUGCUCCAGGGAACAAACUUUUAUAUAACAUUUGAAAUCAAGAAUCACUGUGCAUAACUAGGCUGUGUUUCUCCCCUUUCCCCGCCCCCGAGGACUUCCUGAAUGAACAAAAAAAGAAGUGUGUAUUUUGAUCUAUUUAAAAUUGCUUGUAAAUUACUUUAGCGGGAUAUGGAGCAGUUGGUGUACACUUGUGUUAUUAAGCACUCAAUAAAAACACUGCUGAUAUAUAUUUUA